AUGGGUAUUUCCAACGGACCGAAAGAAAAAGUGACUGCCUCGGUGACUGCUACAGGAGCCCAAUACCCAGUCUGGAAAAGAUGGGUUCGAUUUGAGAGCCACGAUGGGAAGAUUUAUGGAGGCGAGCCUGUCGAUUUUGACCUUGAUGUGGGUCUUGCAAUCGCAAACAAGGAAGAAGUGGCCGUGAGAGUAGUCGAAGGAGGCUGUGCGUUGGAUUAUGAAGCUCAGUUUACCGGAGAGACUAGAGGCAUUCAGAAAUUAUUGUCCCCAGUUUCACAGCAAGAGGCAGGGACUGUUCGAUGCAUCGGUCUCAAUUACAAAGAGCACGCAGCUGAGAUGAAGCUGGCUCUUCCAAGCACCCCUACUGUUUUUCUGAAGGCCGACACCUGCAUCGCGUCGGCUUCGGAUCCUAUCGUAUUGCCCUCGAAUGUGGAAUGUGAUGAAGCCGACUAUGAAGUCGAGCUUGCUAUCAUCAUCGGUAAACUGUGCAAGAACGUCUCAGUUGCCGAUGCAGAGGGCUACAUUCUUGGAUAUGCUACAGCAAAUGACGUGACUGCUAGGCAGCAUCAAGACAGGACCUCCCAAUGGUCUUAUGCGAAGGGAAUGGAUGGAUUUUGUCCACUCGGACCUUGUAUUGGGUCAACAGAGUUGAUUCCGAAUCCUGCAAAUCUCAACCUUCGCACAAUAUUAAACGGGAAGACAAUGCAAAAUGGGUACGCAGACGAUAUGAUUUUCAGAGUACCCGAGAUUGUGUCUCACCUGUCAAAGGGACAUACACUUCGGCCUGGAACUGUCAUCAUCACUGGAACACCAUGUGGAAUUGGUAUCUCGCAGAGCCCACCGCGGUUUCUCCAGCCAGGCGACAAGCUACGAAUUAACAUCAGCCAUGGAUUGGGAACUCAGAUCUGUGACAUUACAAGGGAUUAA